CCCAACACCACUUUAAGUCCUCUGUUGAAUGUCCUCAGCCAACUCUACGAUUCUGCCACAACACCGUAGCCAUGAUUCGACAAGAUCUCAACCGAAUUGAUUCUAAGAGGAGGACGGGUUUGGAUCACAGGAAGAAGCAGUUCGCAACUCCAACAUACCAAAACCUUGAUUACCAGCACAGAUUAAAUUUCUAUGUCACACCCCCGACCGCGGAUAUCACACUCGAGCAAUUCGAACAAUGGGCUAUCGAUCGUCUAAGAGUUCUGGCCGAGAUUGAAGCAUGUUCGUUCAGGAACAAAACGAUCACCGAAACAGCUGCGCAUAUGAAGCCCCUCCUCGACAAGUACCUCCCACUUGGCUCCUCUACAUCCGGAUCUACGACUCUGCAAGCGGAAAGGCAGAAAGAUCAUUACAGUCAUUUCAUCCUUCGGCUUGCGUUUGCUUCGACUGAGGACCUCCGAAGGCGUUUCUCACGCGUCGAGUCGACGCUCUUUAGGAUACGGUUUCAGGCUGAUAAUUUGAAGGAGAGGCAGUCAUUCGUGGAGAGUUUGAAUCUAGAUUGGGAAACCGUGAGUGAUGAUGAGAGGAGAGAGUUCUCCGACGAGUUGAGGGCGGCGGGAGGCGGAUACCCUCUCAGAAUCGAGGAGGAGAAUUAUUUCAAGGUUGACUGGGAGCGCGUUCCGGAGUUGGUUGAGAAUAGACGAGUGUUUCUGAAAGCUGGAAAGGCAUACGUGCCUGGACGAGAACAGUUGUCUAUGGUUGUGGCAGAGUUCACUACUCGGCUGGAUAAAGCUCUCGAGAUGACCUCUCGCGCCUUGCCUCGUCUUGAUGAAGACGACAGACUGACGCCGAUCCUGACCCAUCUCUCUCAGAACUUCACUACACCAGAUGCACACUACUCCAGCUCGGCCACUUCACUCCCAGGAGCCGACAUCUCAGCCCGAAAUGUCGACACGCUCUCCUCUUCCUUCCCACUCUGUAUGCAGAACCUCCACAGAUCACUUCGUCGAGACGCACAUCUCAAGCACUUUGGUCGCUUGCAAUAUACACUUUUCCUGAAGGGCAUCGGUCUUAACCUCGAAGAGUGUUUAGUCUUCUGGCGCUCCUCGUUCAGCAAGAUCACAGACGAUGUUUUCAACAAGGAGUAUAGAUACAAUGUUCGACACACAUACGGUGAUGUCGGAGGUGACUCGAAUAGAAGAGGCGGUGGCUAUAGUCCAUUCUCGUGUCAGAAAAUCCUUACGGAACACCCACCUGGACCGGGCGAAGCACAUGGUUGUCCUUAUAGGCAUUUCAGCGUGGAUAAUUUGACGUUAUUGUUACAAGCAGUUGGGGUCAAGGACAAUGAAGUUUUAAGAGGAGUCAAGGAGGAUAAGGAGAAGAUGAAGUAUCAUUUGGCUUGUAAUCGGGUCUUCGAUUAUGUUCACAAGCAGGAAAUCAAGAAAGUCAAGGACGAGGGUACCUGGACUGCAAAUCAACUUGAGACGCUGGUACAUCCAAACGAGUACUUCAAGAGGAGUUACCUGUUGAAGAAUAUGGGCAAGAACCCAGCGGAAGAGGAGAAGCCAGAUGUACAGAUGGAGGGGUAGAUUAAGCACGGAUUGUGAUGGUAUUAGUAUUUUGGUUGGGCUGGAACGGAUGGCAUGAUACGGCGUUCAGGGUGGGAGUGAUGGAAUGAGUAUUGGUCUUAUGAGCAUAGGUGAAUGUCACGGAGUAAUAUAGUACUUUUGAAUAUACCAGUGCUAGUCCUAAAUGCCAAAGAGAGAUCAAGAGGCGUGCACCGUCAACCAAGUCAGCAUCUCGCUUGUUGACUUGGAGUGCUGCAAGUCAACAAAGCCGCUUUCGGGUAACAGUACAUAGCUUGAAUUCUAUUAAAUAUGAGGCAACUUUUCCCUUAACCAUCUC